AUGAACGAGGGAGACUUGCACACUGGCUACGAGCAGGCUGAUGAUGUGGAGAUGCAAUCGAAAGGACGCAGCUAUAGUAUUAAGAAGACCUUUAAGGAGAGUCCACCUGAUGACGCAGAUGGUGGCGGUGGGACUCACUGUCAUUCUGGACCAAAUGAAGAAGGAAUUGACAAAGUUGCGAGGAGGAAACUUCUAAUUGCUAGUGCACUAUGCCUCAUCUUCAUGAUUGGUGAAGCUACUGGUGGCGCUCUCGCCGGCAGUUUGGCAAUCAUGACGGAUGCGGCUCAUCUUCUGACCGAUUUUGCCAGCUUCCUCAUCAGUCUUUUUGCCAUAUUUCUGUCUGGACGACCGGCGACGCGAAUGAUGAGUUUUGGUUGGUAUCGUGCUGAAGUCGUUGGUGCUCUUGUCUCAGUUUUAAUGAUUUGGCUAGUAACAGGCAUUCUUGUCUAUCUUGCUAUAAUGCGAGUGAUUCAUCAACACUAUGAAAUCGACGGAAUGGUUAUGCUCAUUACCUCUGCCAUCGGCGUUGCUGUAAAUAUGGUAAUGGCUGCAACCCUCCACCAACAUGGACACGAUCACGGAGGCAGGAGUCACAGCCACAAUCACGAAUCCGGUUCCCACAUCCAUAGCCACGGCUUUGUUUCCAAAAUGAAGAAAAAAAUAUCGAGCAUAAAGUUCUUACGCUCGGAUGACGUUGAGCUUGUCAACGAUCCAACCGGUGAUGUAUCUACAGCUAUCUGUGAGGGUGGGGAGUUCAAACAGGGCUUACAAAAGCCCUACACUACUGAUCACCCCCACGGACACCACUCUCAUAAAUACUCGGUGAAAGAGGAGACGACUGUUGAGGAGCAGGAGAAAGAAAACAUCAACGUUCGUGCAGCUUUCAUUCAUGUGAUUGGUGACCUUCUACAAAGUCUUGGAGUUAUGAUCGCUGCUUUUGUCAUCUACUUCCGGCCGGAGUACAAGAUAGCCGAUCCCAUAUGCACCUUCAUCUUCUCAGUACUGGUUCUGCUGACCACUGUCAAUAUACUAAAGGACGCGAUGAACAUCCUGAUGGAGGGCGUGCCGAAGAGCCUUAACUUUGCCGAAGUGCGCUCAGCACUGCAGGCCAUUCCAGGUAUUGUGGAGGUGCAUAACCUACGUAUGUGGAGCCUUACCACGAGUAAGACUGCUGUUUCGGUCCACCUUGCCACGGGUAAUAUUAAAUCUGCCCAGGAACAGUUGGUUCGCGCCAAUCGAAUAUUGCGUCGUCGAUUCCUGGUUCACGAGGUUACCAUUCAAAUGGAGCAGGAGUCUCGGGACGCUGCAUUGGUGGCAGCGGAAAGCGAACCCGAUCUUGAAAGACAUGUAUCCUGA